UCAAAUUAAACUUUGGGCAUGGAUGCUAGACUUGUCACCGCGUCUGGUCAAGUAGGACUCCCGCGGCAGGACCCCAUGGUGGUGAUCGUGGGAGGGGGGAUAGCGGGGGUGAGCGCUGCCCGUCACCUUAUUAACAGGGGAGUCCAACAAGUGCUGAUUCUGGAGGCCAAGGAUCGCCUGGGAGGUCGAAUACAUACAGUGACAGGGGACUCAGGUAAUGUGGACUUUGGAGCCCAGUACAUUCACGGCCAGGAUGAAAACCCUCUGUACCAGCUGGCCCUUCAGCACGAUCUCAUAGUCUCCCCAUCAUCGAAACUAAAAGAUACCAAUAAGUCUAUCACAGCAGAAUUAUACGGAAACGAAUUCCGUACGGACAAUGGGGAUCUCGUACCAAAAAAUACCGUCCGAGAUGUAAACGAGGUUCUAGAAGAAGCGUACGAGAAGUGUAAUUGUUGUCUUGACAACGCCAGUACAAACAAGAGCAUAGGGCAUCAUUUUGAAACGCGGUUCGAGGAUUAUCUCCAAUCAUGUGACGAUUCGGAGAACGACGUCAUCACAAAGAGAGGAGUGUUCGAUUGGCGAAUUCGAUGGGAGUUACAUGACAACAGUUGCCUUUCUUUGUUUGACGCAACGAAUGGGAGCUAUCAAAACAAUAGCGGUGACUAUUUUAUAGACGUCCGUGGCGGUUUUCAGUCAAUAUUUCACUCAUUGUUAAAUGACAUUCCUCCGGAGUGUGUUCGAACUGGCACGCCGGUACCAAGAAUACACUGGAGAGGUGAGGAAAAUUCGGGUAGAUCCCGAAAAUGCACGGUGGAAACCAAACAUGGCGGAAAUGUGAAUUGUUAUUAUGUAAUCGUCACAGUGCCAUUGGGUGUUUUACAAACAAAUAUCAACACACUUUUUUGUCCGACUUUACCUCAAUCCAAGAAAGAAGCUUUGUGUAGGCGCGGUUUCGGUAGCGUUGUAAAGAUAUUUUUGACAUGGACAGAACCUUUCUGGGAGAGUUCUUUUGAAGGGAUCCAAUUUGUCUGGACAUGUUCAGCUGAUAAAAGUAAAGAUAGGCUACCAAAGAACACACUGACCAAAAAGAACGGAGACCCAUGGUGGCGGGACAUUGAUGGUUUCCACGUUCUUAAGGAGAACCCCCGCACGUUACUGGGAUGGAUGGGGGGAGAGGGGGCGAUACUGACGGAGGACCUCAGUGAGGAAGAAAUCCUACACACCUGCCAUCUCCUCCUUCAACAGUUCGCCCCUCACCUGAAAAUUCCAAAGCCCCAGGCGAUAAAAAGAACCCAAUGGUUAAGUGAUGAAUAUACGAAAGGAGCGUUCAGCUAUAUCUCCACGUACAACGAGCCAGGUGACACCGAGGAAAUGGUCAAACCUCUACCAUCUGAGGAGGACCCGACUCUGCUGUUUGCUGGGGAAGCCAUGAGCCAUCACCACUUUUCCACUACCCACGGCGCCUAUGAGACGGGGAUACAGGCUGCCAAUAUCAUACUGCAAAAUGAAGCCAAGAAAAAUAGAACACAAAAUGACAUGUCAAAGUUCAACGUAUUAGAGUACAUUUAACACCGGACUUGAACAGAUUCACAUAGGACCACCAGAUGCCAUAUCAAUUAUCGUUUCAUGAAUAAUCCUAGACUACCAACUUCCGUGGUUUUUGCUGUCGAGCUGCAUUAUACGGUAAAACACGCUUAUAGCAAAGUCCUUUACUUCGUUAUAAGCGUAGUUCGUUAUAUCCGUCAAGUUUACAACAUGUAAUAAAG